AUGGAUAAUCGAUCCUCCAUUUAUGAAUUUCUGCUCUUUGGAUUCUCAGAAAUUCGAGAACUGCAGAUUCUACACUUUCUUCUGUUCCUCAUAUUGUACCUAGCAAUUAUAUCAGGGAAUCUUCUCAUCAUCUCUGCUGUCACUUUUGAUCACCACCUACACACCCCCAUGUACUUCUUCCUGAUGAACUUGGCCAUCCAGGACCUUGGCUCUGUUUCUGCCAUUAUACCCAAAUCCAUGACCAAUUUUUUCAACAAUACCAGACACAUUUCCUAUUCUGCAUGUGUGGCUCAAGUUUUCUGUUUCAUCUCCUUUGUAGGAUCUGAUUUCUUUCUCCUCACCGUCAUGGCCUAUGAUCGGUAUGUUGCUAUUUGCAAUCCUUUACGAUAUGAAAUGGUGAUGAACAGGCAAGCCUGCACACAAAUGGUUGCUGGUGUUUGGAUCACUGGCCUUUUCUAUGGGGCAAUGCACACUGGAGGUACCUUUGCAGUCCCUUUUUGCUCCAAUAUUGUCAAUCAGUUCUAUUGUGAAAUUCCACACUUGCUAAAGCUCUCCUGUGCUAAUUCAUACUUAACUGAAGUUGCCAUUCUUGCUAUCAGUGCGACUAUAGUGUUAGGCUGUUUUGUCUUCAUCAUUGUAACAUAUGUGCUGAUCUUCACUGAAGUGCUGAGAAUCCCUUCUGUUCAAGGCAGGCAAAAGGCCUUCUCUACCUGCCUCCCACACCUCAUUGUGUUUUCUGUAUAUAUAUUCACUAUAUCGUUUGCCUACCUGAGACCUCCUUCUAAUACUCCAUCUGAUCUGGAUUUGGCAUUAACUAUGAUAUAUACCUUUGUUCCACCCAUGUUAAAUCCAGUUAUCUAUAGCAUGAGAAACAAAGAAAUCAAAGUUGCCCUAUCAAAACUAUUAGCUUCUGUGUCCUCUUUCUGUGUGUAA